UCCCUCCCAAACCAUCUCACAAGCAAAGAAAGGAAUUGCAGAGAGAUAACCUCUCCUCUUCUUCCACUCCUUGUCUCCUUUAAAUCCUUCUUUUCCCUCUUCCCCUUCUUUCUCUCUCUCUCUCUCAUGGCUGCGUCCAUCUUUUUCAAAUCAAGAAUAAUUCCAAUCUUCCUUCUGUUCAAUCUUCUCUCUUCAGAAUUUGGCUUCAUUCAGCUUGGUUCAACUCUAGGAAUCAACUAUGGUCAAGUAGCCAACAAUCUACCAUCACCUGAACAAGUGCUUACCCUCUUGACUUCCCUUAGGAUCAGCAAGAUAAGGAUCUAUGACACCAAUCCUCAAGUUCUAACCGCAUUUGCAAACUCUGGAAUCGAUCUCAUGGUGACGGUGCCGAAUGAAGUAGUUGCCCAAGUGACCGAUCCUCGCCAAGCACUACAAUGGGUCAUGACCAACAUCAAGCCUUACUUCCCUGCCACAAAAAUCUCCGGAAUUGCAGUAGGUAAUGAGGUCUUUACAAGUGAUGACAUGGCCCUCAUGUCGAACCUCGUCCCUGCAAUGGUUAGCAUCCAUGCAGCUCUCGUCCAGCUUGGCCUCGACUCCUACAUUCACCUUUCCACUGCUAAUUCUCUAGCUGUGCUUGAGAACUCCUAUCCCCCGUCGUCUGGGUCAUUCAAGCCAGAACUUGCUAGCCUACUGGUGCCAUUCCUUCAAUUCUUACAAGAGACAAACUCGCCAUUCUGGAUAAAUGCAUACCCUUACUUUGCCUUCAAGGGUGACCCCAAUAGGGUUUCGCUAGACUAUGUCUUGUUUAACCCUAACCAAGGGAUAGCGGACCCUUACACAAAGCUACACUAUGAUAAUAUGCUCUAUGCCCAAGUUGAUGCAGUGAUCUUUGCCAUUGCCCGGAUGGGGUGUGGAGGUGUGGAGGUUAGGGUGUCCGAGACGGGGUGGCCUUCCAAGGGUGACCCGGAUGAGCUUGGUGCAACUGUUGAGAAUGCUCGGGCUUAUAAUAGGAACUUGUUGCUGAGGCAAAUGAGGAACCAGGGAACUCCUUUGAGGCCCAACCAAAGGCUGGAGGUCUACUUGUUUGCGUUGUUUAAUGAGGACAUGAAGCCCGGACCGACCUCGGAAAGGAAUUAUGGGUUGUUCCGGCCGGAUGGUACCAUGGCCUACAACUUAGGGCUUGGUAGACUAAUGUCUACUGCAUCCGUUUCCCUCACUUCAUCUGCUACUCGGGGGACAGGGAAGGAACUUGGCAGCUCCCAUUGGUACUGGAUUUUCUUAUUCUCAUUGACUUUCCAAGCUUUAGUGAGGAUGGCAAUCUAACAAAAGGGCAUUGGUUUCAUGUCUUUGGUGUUUUUCUUUUUACAAGGAAAAUGGGCAGGCCAUGAGCCUUCUUUUCAAAAUUCUUUCAUCCUUGAAGGUCUUGGGAGGUUUCCAAGCUCCAAAGAAAGAUGAACAAAUUCAGGUAAGGGUCCUUAUCCUAUCACCUUUAUCUAUCCAAAAUACCAGAGGAAACAAACACCUUAGGAUUCCUUGCGUUUCCUCUCAUAACAUCAAUUCACUCCAAAGCGUAACAAAAGAACUCCUAGGCAAUUUGACAAAAAGGGAAAGCAAGACAAAGUAUGGGCCGCUUUGCGAUGUGGAACGCACAAAGGCGACUGUGUAAAUUAGAUCUGGAUUCCACCUUUUUUUUCUUCCCCUAAUCGUCCUCAGCCUUGUAUAAUACUCUAAUUAAGGAUGUAGAAUGGAGGAAAAGAGAGGGAUAAAUGAAUAAAUAAUUGGAAAAAGCGUGGACACGGUUGGGUUAGGUGUGCUUUCUGUGGCCUAACUUUAUUCCCUGGCCAAAAUUGCGGGCAUGGGAUCCAAUGCCAUGUGACUAUGUGAAUCUCCCUUAUUGUAAAAGAUGAAAUGACCUUGGAGUUUACCACUGUAGUUGAAUAAUUAUUCAAAUUA